AUGCCAUCAGAAUCCGUCCUGCAGCACAUGGAGCAGUUUGGACCUGCCACGGUCGUGAAGCGCUGCAGAGGGUAUUUGUACGUUAAGUUUGCAGAUCCGCAUGUUGUGCCACAUGUAAGAGCCACUCGCCACGUGGUGGAGGGAGCAGCAUUGACCGUGGAGCCUGUUCGGGCCAAGAAGAAGGAGUGGUACUGCCAGAUUGACCCUCAGUUCCCCGUGCGAGUCCGAAGACUGGGAAAUGGAAUCGUCCACAUUCAGAACAUGAUCUCCAUGGAGAUGCAGAAACGAUUGGCUCGUCGUGUAUUGUUGCUGGGCGAGUCCCCAGCCGGAUUCUACAGGCCGAGCUUCGAGGGUAGGCAGAUGCAUCUAAGCACGUUUUGCUUGGGGCAUCAUUGGGACACAGUCUCGCACACGUACACAGCUGUGCGAUCAGAUUCUGACGGUCUUCCUGUGCUUGCCUUGCCGGAAGACCUCAUGGACCUUGCAGCUGGCAUACAGCACGACCUGAACCAGAAGCGUCAGGAGAAGAUGUUUCCAGAAAUGCUGCCAGAGGCUUGCAUCGUCAACCACUAUACAGCGGAAGGCUCCCUAGGUCUGCACCAAGACCUGGACGAGAGUUCUUCCAGCCUGGACAAGGGCAUUCCGGUGAUUUCGCUUUCUUUGGGCUGCUCUGCACGGUUUCUCUUCACCAUGGGCCCAUCCGAAACAUCCGAAACUCAGAGUUGUGUGCUGAAGUCAGGCGACAUCUUCAUCUUCGGAGGCCCAGCACGCCGGCUCCACCACGGGAUUGCGAAGGUUUUUCCGAGGACCACCCCGAAGAGUCUCCAAGCCGACAUGGAGGGCCGCCCGGGGCGUCUCAAUCUCACCUUUAGGCAGGUCAUGUAG